AUGGCGUCCAAACAGCUUCUGAUCCUGAGCGUGGUCGUGGCUUCCAUCGCAGCGGCGCCUCAGUUCUUCAGCGACGAUCAAGUGCCUAUUCCGCACGACUUCGCAUACGGCGUCGAGGUGCCCGAUACGGGAGAUGCAAAGGAACACAAGCAGUCUGUCUCUCCUUCAGGAAGAACCGAAGGCGAAUACCGAUGGCUUCUUCCCAACGGCCUCUUCAACGUCGUGAGAUACUUCGUGGACGGCGACUCCGGAUUCCAGGCCGAGGUGAGCGAGGAGCCAGGACCCGCCAUCGGAAACUACUACACCAACUCCCUCAGCCAAGAGAGUUCCUCGGGAGCCGCGUCCGCCGCGGUGCAGGACUUCGCUCGCAGCUUCAGCGUGCAACAAGCCAGCGUCGGGAGGGCCGUGGAUGUCAUCAGCGCCCCGAGACCUACUCAGGUCUCCUCUGCUCCGAGACCCAAUCAGGUCUCCUUCAUAUCUGCCCCAAGGCCAAGUCAGGUCUCCUUCUCUGCUCCAAGACCUAAUCAGGUCUCUUUCUCUUCUGCCCAAAGACCCAAUCUGGUCUCCUUUUCUCCCCCGAGACCUAAUCAGGUCUUCUCUUCCGCCCCGAGUCCUAAUCAGGUCUUCUCUUCCGCCCCGAGUCCUAAUCAGGUCUUCUCUUCCGCCCCCGCCUUCAACGCUCAGCAACAGACGUUCGGCGGAGUCGUCGACGGAGGCUUCAUCGACGGAGGCUUCAUCGACGGAGGAAUAAUCGACGGAGGAAUCAUCGACGGCGGCGUCGUCAGCGGGGGAUUCAGCGGCAACUUCGCCCCCAGUUCCUUCGACAAUUCUGCUGUGAUUCUUGCGAGAAACAACAGGUUCACAGGAUAA